UCUUUUUGUGGGUAGGUGGGGGUAAGUGCCCCCAGCUUAAUCCGGCCCCAGGGAGGGAAGGAAAGAACUCUCCUGUAGAUAAUCUUAAUCAAAUCCCACCAAAAUAUCUUUAGCUCAUCUCUCUCAUCUUCUUCUGGUCAUAACAUUUCAAGAAAAUGAACGCCACCGCAGCAGACUCCAUACACGGUCUGAAAGGAGGAAUUGGAACCAUUUUUGGAGUUUCAAUUGGAGCUUUUUCCAUGAUAUCAAUCUUAAUUUUUGCUGCCUAUUUCUGCACAGGCAAAAGGGUAUCACAGCGACCGGACCCAGGCCCUUCUGUUUCCAGUGAUGACGAUGAUGAUGCUCAUCAAGGCUCUAUCACCAUUGAAGUGGGCCUUGAUGAAGCCACUCUCAAAACCUAUCCUAAAAUCAUUUUCUCACAAGCUAAAUCAGAAAUUCUUCAAAAGGGAGCUGGUUCUGAGUCAAUUGCUUCUUCUUGUUGUUGUUCAAUAUGCUUGGCAGAGUAUAGUGAUAGUGAUGUGUUGCGUUUGCUGCCUGACUGUGAUCAUCUCUUUCAUGUACAAUGUGUUGAUCCAUGGCUGAUGCUGCAUCCUACCUGCCCAAUAUGUCGAAAGGCACCGGCGGCGACUAUUACUGCUACUGCUCUUUCAGCGGAGAUGGCUCCAAGGGCUAAUUGGCAACCCAUCUUUGUUCCAUGGUUUGUACAACUAAUGCACUAAAUUAUGAUAGUUUGGCUUUCUGAGUGGAGGUUUUGUUUUGUUUUCAUUUGGAGUCCCCGGCAAUCCUUGGGCUUCAAAACGACAGCUUCAUAGAUGGAGGAAAGUUUUAUAAUCCUCACAAGUAACAAUACCACCAAUGUUUUUAUUAGCACUUAAAUUUAUUUGUUGCUCUAAGAA